CCUGCUCCAGAGGGCAUCGAUCUGUCGGCAAAUCACACUGUCUCAUCCAUCGCCGCAGUGACAAUCUUGACAGUGUCUGGUGUGGGUGCUGUCAUUCUGCGUUUCGUGGCCCGGAGGCGGAUGCCCGGUGGACUUGCAAUAGAUGAUUAUCUCCUUCUGGCCUCACUGAUCAUCUGCCUGGGUACACUCGUCUGUGCCAUCCUCAGUCUACACUAUGGUGCUGGACACCACGUUUGGGCUCUGAGCGAAGCCGAGUUGAUUAGCAUACUGAAGAUCACAUGGGCCGACACCGAGAUCUAUGCUACCUGCGUAGCUCUGACCAAGUUCUCCAUCCUCUUCUUCUACGAACGCCUCUUCGGCCGCGGCUUCGCCACAAGAUUCUGCAUGGUCCUGGCCAUCCUGUUCUGGCUCGCCAACACAAUCAUCCUCCUCGUGGGCUGCCGACCCAUCUCCUACUUCUGGGACCGGUAUAAUAGUGCGGCGUCAGUCCAGGGCCACUGCAUUUCCUUUGAUUAUUUCAUGUGGAUGGGCAUCUCCGACACCAUCAUAGAUGCGCUGGUGCUUCUUCUUCCUAUCCACAAUGUGUACAAGAUCAAUAUCUCUGCGAAAAAGAAGAUCGGCAUCUGUGGUAUAUUCAUCUUGGGUUUAUUUGUCUGCAUUGCCGGGGCAUUACGGGGCAAGAUACUAAGCCUCCUCAGCGUCUCCGACUUCACCUGGGUCACGGCCUGCAGCCUCAUGUACACCUGUGUUGAGCCCAUGGUGGGAAUCAUCUGCGCCUGCUUGCCUACUUACGCCAUCUUCUUUCGG